AUGAAAAAAGUGGGAAAGUCGGUUAAGGCGUAUCACCAAAAAUGUCUAGCCCAUGGUAUCCAAUUAGCGAUACUAGAUGUAUUAUACAAAAAAACAAAAACUCUUACAGUACAAAAUGACGAAACGCAAAAUAUUGACGAUGUUAGCGAUGACGAUGAAAAUGAUGACGAAAAGGACGAAAACGGAACUUUUAACAUAAUUGAGAGUAGCAAGCUGCGAAGAUAUGAAGAAGUAAUUUAUGAACAUGUGAUCAAUAAAGUGCGAAAAGUAGCAAAGUUGUUCAGGAAAUCGCCCACAAAACAAACUAUACUGAAUAAAUACGUGGAGGAAGACUUCCACAGAGAACUAAAACUAAUAAUAGAUUGCAAGACGAGAUGGUCCAGUUUAGCAGAAAUGCUUGAACGUUUUCUUAAGUUAAAAAUAUGCGUUCGAAAGGCUUUGAUUGAUAUAGGGUCUGGAAUUGAGUUCACCGAAUCAGAAUAUAGUACACUCGAGGCAAUUUCAGAUUCACUUAAUAUCUUAAAAGUCACAUUAGAAGCGUUGUGUAGGCGAGAUGCAAAUCUAUUAACAGCAGAUACAGCAUUAAAUUUCUGCCUCCAAAAAUUAAAUUCACUACAAACUUCAUUAAGCGUAAGCCUUGCCAAUUCGCUGUGUACACGUAUUAAGGAAAACAGGCUAAUUGAGGCGAGUAUUUUGCAAUACCUACACAAUCCUUCCAAAUAUUUCGAAAAUAAGCUAGAUCCAAGGGCAUUCAACACUUUUAACAACGACGAGGUUACACUAUCAUUAAAACAAUUAUACGAAAGAUUGAAUAAAGUUACAACUGAAAAAUCAAUUGACAGUAAUUAUUCAGAGAAUUCUAAUGCCAAUGAUUUUAAUGAUAUUGCAACUGCUGAGCUCACCUGUUUAACUGCUAAAGAACAGCUAGCGUGUGAGCUUGAAAACUUGCUAAAGCCUCAAAAAAUAGAAACACAAACUAGCACCCAUGACUUGCAAACGACUUUGCAUGUAGAAAAAGCUCUCUUUGAGAACGGUGGUGACAGAGGUAAGCAUUUAAAUCAGUGCUAUAAUUAUUUACUAUCCAUCCCCCCUACUAGUGUCGAAGCAGAGAGAGCUUUUUCAAAUGCAGGGUACUUUUGUAACAAAAUCAGAUCCUCUUUAUCUGAAAAGUCAUUGAAUGCCCUUUGCUUUCUGCGUGCAUAUUUUAAAAAUGAAAAAUGUUAA